AUGGCGGAGCCGCGCCGGGUGCCGUUCAUUAGCCUGUCACCCGUGAGGCGCCGGGAGGGCGAGAGUCCGGCGCUGGAGCGGGAGCCGGGGGGCCGCGAGGCAGAGCAGCCUCCGCCGCCGCCGGCGGGCCGCGAGGCGCCGCUGUUGGCGCCGUCGGAGCCGCCGCACGAGCUCUCCCGGCCGGAGCCGCCGCCGCCGCCCCGCGAGAGCGCCGCCCGCCUGGAGCCGCCCCGAGAGAGCGUCCGGCCCGAGCAGCAGCCGCAGCGGGAACCCCCCCGGCCCGAGCCACCGCCGCUGCCGCCGCCGCAGCUACCGCCGCCGCCGCGGCAGAGCAGCCGGCAGGAGCCGCCGCCGCCGCAGGAGGCGCUCCCACUCCGCCAGACGGUCCGCCUGGAGGUGGUGCUGAAGGACCCCACCGAGGAGGGCUGCGUGGAGUUCAGCUACCCGGAGCUGCUGCUCUGCGGGGACUCGCGGAAGAAAUCCGUUCAAUCAGAAGAUCCAUUUAAUGAUGAACAGCGUGAGCGACAUGAAGUAGAAAUGCUAGCCAAGAAGUUUGAGGCAAAAUACGGUGGAAAGCCCCACAAACAUCGGAAGGAUCGCCUGCAGGAUCUAAUUGAUAUCGGUUAUGGUUAUGAUGAAACAGACCCUUUCAUUGAUAAUUCUGAAGCGUAUGAUGAACUGGUUCCUGCAUCCCUGACAACCAAAUAUGGAGGGUUUUAUAUCAACACUGGCACACUGCAGUUCCGCCAGGCAUCUGACUCAGAGGAUGAAGACUUUGCAGAAGACAAAAAGCAUAGGCCACCUAAAAUAGCAAAGUUAAAAGAAAGUGAAGAUCGAGGAAUGAAGAAGCGCAAGCGGAAAGAUGAAGGGACAGAAAAGGAGAAGAAGCCUCGGAAAAUGAAAGUUCCUAAGCAGUUGGGAGUAAUGGCCUUAAAUUCACACAAGUCUGAAAAGAAGAAAAAGAAAUUGUAUAAAGACUCACUCUCUCUGGCUGCCAUGAUCCGUAAAUUUCAAAAGGAGAAGGAAGCCAUGAGGAAGAAGGAAUCUACUCCAAAACCUACAGUGACUGUUGCAACCUCUACCCCUAGUAAAAUUCCUUCCUCCUCUCUCAGUGCAGGAAAUGAUAUCUCUGACUUGAAUCUCAGGAUCAAUGAUCCUGUCCUCUCCAUUUUUGGUAGCACAAAUGAACGUGAGCUCCUGCAAGAAACUGAAAGUGCCCUGGAGAUGCUGGGAGACAUUGACUUUGACAAGUUGCUUGAUGGCACUUCUGAUGGCAGCCCGGUAUCUGAGCUGUCAGGAGAAAAUGGAAAUGUCACUCAGGCAACCUACACCUCUCAGGUCAUGACACCCAAGCAGGUGCCUGCCCUCCCAGAGGGUCUGCCUGUGCUACUUGAAAAGCGCAUUGGAGACCUUCGAACAGCCGCCAAGAUGUUUGAUGAAGAAGGCAGGAAGAAGUUUUUUACGCAAGACAUGAAUAAUAUUCUGCUGGAUAUUGAGCUACAGUUACAGGAGAUAAAUCCUGCCAUCCGUAAUGGAGUGUACUCUCACCUUGAGGCUUUUGUGCCAUGCAAUAAGGACACACUGAUAAAGCGUCUGAAGAAGUUACACCUCAAUGUCCAGGAUGACCGCUUGAGAGAACCACUGCAAAAGCUGAAGCUGGCUGUCAGUAAUGUCAUGCCUGAACAGUUAUGCAAGUAUCAAGAGGACUGUCAGGCCCGCAAUCAAGCUAAGAAUGCUAAGUUGCAAGCGGAAGAUGAGCGGGAGAAAAAUGGAUCAGAGGAAGAUGAUGAUGAUAAACCUGGAAAGCGGGUUGUGGGACCCAGAAAGAAGUUUCAUUGGGAUGAUACAGUGAGGUCUCUGUUGUGUAAUCUUGUCAAGAUCAAGCUGGGAUGCUAUGAGCUAGAGCCAAAUAGAAGUCAGUCUGCUGAAGAUUACCUCAAAACCUUUAUGGAAACGGAAGUGAAACCACUUUGGCCUAAAGGCUGGAUGCAGGCAAGGAUGCUUUUUAAAGAAAGCCGAAGUGUCCACAAUCAUCUCACUUCUGCUCCGACAAAGAAGAAGGUGAUUCUGGCGCCUAAACCCAAAGUGAAGGACUCCAGUCCAAAGAAAGAACAGAAAGCUUGUAUGUCUUCAGUCAAUUCUAGUUGUGCAACUGUACUGAGUUCCAGCACGCCUGUCUGCACCCCAGCCAGCUCUAGCUGCACACCAGCUCCAGAGACCAUCUGCUUGGAUGACUCACUGGAUGAAGAUCUUUCCUUCCACCCACCCUCACUGGACUCUAUUUCUGAUGCCCUGGCAGUUAUCAAUAAUGGUGCCAAGGGGUCGCCUCUUGGGGCCUCUAUAGAGACACCAACAUCCAGACCUCGCCCUGGGCUAAGGGAAGAAAAACUAGCAAGCAUUAUGAGUAAGUUGCCUCUGGCAACUUCAAAGAAAGUAGAGCCCACUCAGACACCCCAUUCAUCAAGUCUUAUUGCUGGUCACACAGGGCCAGUACCAAAGAAACCCCAGGACCUAGUUCACACUGGUAUCUCUUCAGGCCUUAUUGCUGGAUCUUCAAUUCAGAAUCCUAAGGUUUCCUUAGAGCCUUUGCCUGCCAAACUACUUCAGCAAGGACUACAGAGGUCGAGCCAGAUCCAAGCUGUUUCCUCCUCUUCACAGACUCAUGUUUCUUCCUCUAAGACCCAAGCAGCUAUUUCCACUUCUCAACGAACCAAGGAUGCUAAUAUCUUGGUAUCAUCUUCUGAGGCUCAAGGUGCUUCUUCCUCAACAUCACAAGGGACAAAGGUGCACCAGCAUUCAGCUGUACAGCAGAAAUAUGUAUCUCCUUUACAAGCAACUAUUAGUAAAUCACACACCAAUCCAGUGGUGAAAUUGAGUAGUAAUCCCAAACUGUCUUGCUCAUCACCAGUCAUCAAGGCUCAAGAUAAGUCUGUAGUGUAUCGCCUGCCUUUGUCUAAUCCUUCAUCUGGAAGUGGCUCUCAAGUGUCUCACCCACUGGUUUCUCGGACAACAUCCAGCACCUCUACCUCUAGUAACUAUUUAGCCAAGGCUAUGGUGUCACAAGUUUCUUCCCAGGGUUUCAAGCCUCCUUUCUCCAUGGCUGCCUCUCCCAAACCUGCUGCCUCUCCCAAGCCUUCUGCAUCUAAACCCUCUGUGACACCCAAGCCCAAUGCAUCACCUAAAUUUUCAUCCAAGUCCACCUCAUCCCCCAGGCCUGCAGCAACACCCAGUUCUUCCAGUUCAAGUGCACUAGUUUCCCAGAGUAGUCACUCCAGCAACAACCCCCUUCAUAAACAGACCAGUGGUGUAAAUAUCAGCAGGCAGUCUCCCACAAUGAAUUUGCUGCCCUCUAAUCGCACCUCAGGCCUUCAGCCUGCAAAGAACCCUCAGGCUUCAAAAUUGCCCAACUCUUCUCCUUCUGGAAAUGUUGGUAAAAAUAAUUUGGGUGGAGUUGGAAUGAAUGUACCUGCCAGCAGAGGCAGUAACCUAAACUCAAGUGGAGCUAGUAGGACUAGUCUGUCUGGGGGUGCAGGAAGUGGAACACAGGGUGCUACUAAACAAUUGUCAACUCCACACAGACCAUCUUCUGCCUCAGGGUCUCCAGUUGUAGCAGCCAGUGUGCAGUCAACAGCAGGAGCAUCAUUACUGGCUAACGCCUCACCUCUGACUCUUAUGGCAUCACCCCUGUCUGUAACCAGUCAAAAUGUGACGUCUGCACCAUUAACUCCUUUUGGGAUGCUGGGUGGCCUUGUUCCUGUGACUGUGCCCUUCCAGUUUCCCCUGGAGCUGCUUGGCUUUGGGACGGACACAGCUGGAGUGACAACCACCUCGGGAUCUACCUCAGCGGCUUUCCACCACAGCCUAACUCAGAACUUACUGAAGGGUUUACAGCCAGGUGCUCAGCACGCAGCAACGCUGUCUCAUUCACCUCUGCCUGCUCACUUGCAGCAAGCGUACACAGAUGGAGGCCAAAGUAAAGGGGACACUAAGUUACAGCGGAAAAACCAGUGACUUCUGGACAAGCAAGGGAGCUGAAGCAGUUCUGGUUGGCUGACAGAAUCUGCCCAGUUGGGAAAGUGCUUAUUGUCACAGGGCUGCUGUUUCUGUCAAUGUUUACAUAUUUUGAUCCCAAGCACUGUGGUGAGAGGAAGAAGAAAAAGAAAACAAUACUUGAUCAAAGAGAGAAGGAAAAGGAGGACUGGUCCUCCUAGUCAUGCAGACUGGUCAUAGUUUGAUCUUGCCUAAAGAAACAAGUUUUUUAUCUGCUCUGAUUGGCUUUUAAAAGAAAUUGAUCGUCAAACCCACAGCAGCACAAAUAUUUUUUUUUCUGGGUGAUGUCCAGUGAAGAGUUGAAAGCAUGAGAGGAGCUAGGAUAGGUUUCUCCAUCCGUUGUGUAAGGUGGAAUCAUCCACUUCAGUAAUUCCCAAAGUGCCCAGUGUAAGAUUAUGUGUAGGUCCUGAGUGUACAAUAUGAUUGUGGACCAAAGGUUAUGUAGAGGUGGUGCUGGGAUACUUUGCAUUAUAAUUAAACCUUUACAAAAAUGUGGUUUCUGACAUGGGCAUUUUUCCAGCUUUACAAGGCUGUUUGGCUUUAGGGGAGCCUACAGAUGCAGUCUCAUCAUAGAGCUGUCUUCAAAAACAGAUACAUAGAGAUGUAAGACAGACUACGGGGAAAUCUCUUGCUCCUUGUUCAUUUUUUUUUUUCUUUUAAUAUGAGGAUUCCCAUGUAAGGGAGGAAGGAGAUUGAAAGUUUUCCAUUUACAGGAAAAGGAAAUCCACCUUUUUAUUGGCUGGACUACCAUUUCUUUCCUACAUCUCCCCCCUUUUUUUUUUUCUCUUUUUUAAGUUAAGGCACACUGAUUUUUUCAAUCCUUAUAUUUGUUAAACUCUUCUUUUGCCUUGUGCUUAUCUGGUACUCAAGUAAUGUUCUAUUAUUGUCUAAUGUUCUUUACUCAUUCUAUAUUUCCUUCAUCUUUCAUUUAACUCCUCCCAAAACCCAUGAAUUAUACUGAUAAGCUAGUUAAAGAAAGCUGAUGGUGACCUAUUCCAGAGACAGGUUAAUACUGCUUCAGGCAUUAGCCAAAGAGGAGUCGUUCAAAAGCGACCAGAGGUGCCUUCUCUUCUGGGGGCUGAAUGGGUUGUCUCCAGCAUUUCUAGCCCCUGCUGGCCUGGGGAGUUUCUGACCUGAACUCUUCCUUACAUGGUAGCACAAGACUGCAAAGCUGGCUUUUUGUUUUGUUGUGGUUUGUUUUGAUAGCAAUACAUCAACUGCUUCAUUUGUGAGGUUAGGAAGUAUCCAGCACACGUUGCACUUUUGACAGUAGGACAGAACUUUGCUGUUGAGUCCCUUGCGCUGUCACAUAAAAAUUGAGAAGGGCAGAAACUAAGUCAUGGUGGAAAAGAGCAAAUAAAAUAAUAAUGAUGCCCUUCUCCCUCAACCCUGAAACAUUCCUUUGGCCAGAGAUGCUGAAAUUCCUAAUGGCUAGUCUUUCCAGUAGUUUUAUUUGAGAUUGAACCAGUCACUGUUGGUAAUCUCACACCUUCCAGAGAAGCUCUGACCCAUGGGUAAUAUAUCUUCAAUGUUUUUGCUAGAUUAUAACUUAUAGCUUUCAGGUUUCUUUUACAUGUGAUUUAUUUUUCUUAGACCAGACAACAAUUUCUUUUCUAUUUAGAGCUCAUUUUAAUUUUAUAUAAAUAUAUAUACAUGAAUUUAAGAUAAUAUAUAUUGUGUAUUUAGUAUAAAAAUGUUGGGUUGAGCUCAGCAAUAAAUGUUUUUGCACAACACUUUUGUGAAAGACAGAUUGAAUUAAAGUAAGAUGCAUUAGUUCGUUAAUCUCACUCCACAGCAUCUGCCAAUUAAAUGCUUUUUAGCUAGUGCUAAUGUUUUGUAUCUGGUGUGUUGAUUAGCUAGGCUUCCAUCUCCAUCAAGGUUAUUCAGAGUUGCAACAUUCUAGUAUGUGCAAAUUCUGUCAGAAUACAUAAACUAUUUAGAACACAAGUUUAUCUGAUUUGUUUUUCUUUUUUCUCCAGCAAAGGUUGAGGGAAGACAACUUUGGUUUUUAAGGCCUAACAGUUCUUGCAGGAUGUUCAUUUUCUGAACUGUGUCAAAGCUGAUAACUUUUUUCAACAAUACAUGUAGCUAAGGGAGUUGCAGCAGUGAGCCUUCAGGCAGCAAUAUAUCUAGAAGACCCUGUCUUAAGAGAGUUCUACCUCUUCUGUUUUCCUCAUCAAAGCAUCUCAUUUAAAUUGCCAUCUUUUGCCUUCAUGCUUCAUGCAGGUUUAGAUUGGGAGACUUGGAACCCUAUAUAACUACAGCACAAUUUUCCUGUCAACAUUCCUCUCUUCCUGGAAGUAUGCCUCACUUUCAGUUAAGGAGUAUCCUCUCUAAAUCUUAAGGAGGGUAGGAAUACUUCUGUAUGUGUGGCCUAUAGUGUUUCUCAGUCUUGGGAAACAACUAGUACUUACUGUGGAAAUGGGUAGAAGGAUGAUGAUGAGAAUAAAGAUAAUGAUGGUAUGGUUUUUGUGAAGCCAGUUCAGACAGCCUGAGAGGGUAACUGUUGCUGCUCAUUAAUGCUCCCCAGCUUCUUUGCAACCAGCAAUAUGGUGAUAAAAGGGUCUGUGCUUCCUGUUCUCCCUGGUUAAACUUUAGAAGGCCAAAUCAAAGGAAGUAAUAGGGUGGCUCCUAGAAAUGUCUGCAGGCAGCAUAAACGGGAUGGGGAAGUGAAAGAUUUCGGCAAUGUCCAAAUGCAAGAUUAGGUUAAUGUUUUACUAGUUUCUGCACAGCAGCUCUUCUAAAGACAUUUCCCCCCAGGUUUUUGCUACUUUUUAAGGGCCUUUGUUAAUAAAUAAACUGAAGUUGUACAUACUAAAUAACCCUCAGUAUUCACAAGCAAUAAGAAAGCCAAGUAAAGCUGUCUUUUCCAGGCAGCAGGGCUGAACUUGGUUUGGGGACUGUGUAUGAGCUAACAUGUAAAGCUCACUGAAAGCCUCAGACAAAUGCAAGCAAUAAUUUCAAACAGGUUUUAGAUGUUAAAACUGUCUGGGUAAUAUUUUCUGCUACAUGAUCCAAAGUCCAAAAGUUGUUGUAGCUAUUUCAGAUCCUUUUGAGAUACUCACAAAGAAAGAAGGCAGGCUAGAUGACAAACAGGCUGCAAAGUUUCCUGAUACCUUGGACUAUAGCUGCAGCGUUCUCCCACUCCAAGAUGCAAAUGGCCUAAAUCACUUUGUCCAGCCUUCUCUGUUGAUUUGAGAUACAUAACUAAUACUGAUCAACUAAGUCACAAGUGUGGAUGCUGUGGGUUUCACAUCUGUUUUCUGCUAAUCAGAGGUAACUUAAUUACCUGGGUUCUGCUUCUUGUUUGAAUCCGAUUAAAGUUGUCUGAUGCACAGAUCUGGGUGUGGGACAGGUGCCAAGAGCCUGCUUCCUUCCCCCACUCCCAUCACCUGACCCUUCCUCCACACUCCUUCUCCACUUGGUGCAAGACCCAUGAGGACAUGAAAACAGAGAAAUCCUGCAACUUUCCCAAGCUGCCAUCAGUUGUGUGAACCAUUAACCCUCUGGGAGUCAUCUUGAACUCCAACUAACUUUUAUCACAUUUGCUGCUACAUUCGUAAAAUGAACUUUUGGCUGUAUUUAUUAGCAAAUUUUAAUCUAGUUUACAGUUUGUUUGGUUUUCUUCUGAGUACUUUCUGCCCACACAUGGAUUAGAAGUGUUGGGGUGUUUGGGUUGGUUUUUUGGGAGUGAAUUGGUGAAGGCACAGUGAUCCCUUUUCUGCUUUUGUUUUGGAUUUUUUUUGAAGAUGGAAUCGCAGGGAAAACCUGCAGCCAGCCCAAGCUGUGGAAGGCUUCCUCCCACACUUUACUUUCGUCUUUACUGAACUGGGGGUAUAUCAUUAAAGGGACAUUUGAUUUUUGUUUGGGUUUGAUUUUUUUUUUUUCUUCCAUAAAACAAACCAGAAGAUUAAAGCAGUAGGUAAAUGGUUAAUUAACACUUUAUGCAAUUUUAAUUUUAUAGAAAUGAGAAGGUUUGGUAGAUUGAUUGGUCCUAGCUCUGGUGAAAUGGCUGUUACCCUCCAUGACUUACUUGAUUCAGGCCUUUGUCCUUUGUUUAAGUGCCUUUUUUUUUUCCUUAAUUUUAUUUCCCUACUCUCUUUAAACUGUUCUCAGAGAUCCUGAAGUGCUGGAAGGCAUUUUGGAGGAAAAUUUUAAGCUUGCCAAGAUGGCUUUAUGCUGUUAUACUCUCUUCCCCUUUUGUAAAGAAAAUCAAAAAGCGUGUAAUAUGUGUAACUUCAUAGCUGCUGUACCAUGGCAUUGGUUCUGUGUGCUUGUGUGUUCUUUUUCACUCACGCUCACGCACGUGCGCGCACACACAUAUACAGCAAUAUUCCUGAGAAACCUGUUCAUCCUUCUACAUUCUGCUGGCUCUGUGAAACACUUUAAAGGUGAACGUUUGUGCAAAGAUGGCAGUACAAUAAAAGUGUAUGUGUGAGUGUGCGUAAAUGUGCGUGAGAGCAAUGAAGUGGCUAGUGGGAAUGAAGCUUCUUGCAUUCUUCUCUGAAGGUUUUAGAUUUGGAUCUUAAUUAGCUCACAAGUAAAACAUGAUGGGACCUGUCUGGCAAUGUUAUUAAAUACUGGACCACUUCAUGCAAUUACCGAGUCUGAGGCAGAGACAUGGCUGACAACCCCAAGGAGGUGGGAAGGGAAAGAAAGUUAAAAUAGCAGUUUGCAACAUUUGAGUUGAGCUGAGUUGCAAGGAAUCUUGUGUGUGGCUCAUUUGUUUGACACCAGGUAUUGCAGGAUUCUCAUGUUUACGAAUGUCGUCACUUUGUACCAUGCAUCACGUAAGAAGGAAUUUGGUAAAACCUGCAGGAGUGUAGCUGUUAAUUGAAGUUAAACCUAGCUACAUUUCACAUGCUGCCUAAAUCAUUCACCGUGAAACACUUUUCUAGUUCUACUUAAUUAAUGGUUUCUUCUCUUGAAAUAAUGAACAGUAAGUUCACAUGUUGUUAGCUGCAAGUGAACCUUCAUAAUAGUGUCUGUGCUUGUUUCCCUAUUCUCUCAGAAAUAAGCAGUCUGGAGUAGAUCAUUUAGUUAUUUUAUCAGUUCUGUGUUGAGAAUCUAAUUAUUAUAAACAUGUCUACCUGAAAUUAUCAGUUCUCAUGUUGACUAAAUGCUAAACUAACGUAACAUGUUGCUUGCAUCACUAGACUGUGCUUGUUCUGUUACAUGCUUCCCCUGGGGAGGAUCUCAUUUUGAGUUGCAGUGUAUGGCAGAAGCAUUAACUUUCCAGAAUGGGAAUGGAAGGAGGAGUCCUUUAUAGGUGGACAACCCAGCUGGGGAGCAGAAACUAAGAUAUUAAAUACAACAUAUUUCUGUGGCAGAGAAAACCCUGCUAUUUAGGUUCUUAGCUCGUCUUCACGUAUUUUAGUGAACCUGUUUAUGCAGAGUAGGUCACAGGCAGGUUUCUUCUACUGAACUAAUAGUGCCUGUCAAAGAUCAGACUAUUGCUGGUAGCUCUGCCAUUUGAAGUGGUAGUGAAGGUAUUUCUUAAUCUGCUUUGGGUGCAUCAGUGAAGUUGCUUCAGUGGAGUCUUCCACAUCCACCUGUGGCUGUAAACUGAACUAAGGUAUCUUGUGGCUCUUCUUUUCUUAUUAAUUCUUUGUAGGAACACAAGAUCUUUAUCCUAGACAGAUCAUGAGAUGGGGAAUCUAUGUGUGAUGGGAGUUGACUGUUGCAGUCUUUUUUAACAAAUGCAGCUGUUGUGAAAAUCUGUGUCUACUGCUUAAGAAAUCACUGCCAAAAGAAGCAGCCAGAGGUAUGUUUGCUGGGCCACUGGAGAGAUAACCAUUGUGUGUGGGAAUGUUCUGUUGGUGGAAACUUCUGGUGUGGCUUCAUCAUCCUUCUUCUAUGACCCAGUGAUCCCUUGCUGCUGUAAUAGCCUUUUGGGGCCAUAUAAAGCCCUGCUGCUGCUAUGAGUUAUGCUGACAGAUCAGCAUGGCCUGGAACAGGCCCAAAACGAGAAAUACAAAGAUUCUCCCCACAGCUGUUUUUGCACACUCUUCAUAAAUAAAACUGUGUUAAUCUUGUAAGUAGUAGAGGAUGUAGGUCUGUAAUUUUUAGGCAUUUUUGACAGCUGUAAUUCUACAGAGCAACUACAAAAAACCCCCAAACAUGUUUUGUAUCUAGAAGUGAAUUUCAUUGUCUUCUCCAGCUUAAAAAGUAACCAUUAACUAGUAAUUUUUUUCUUUAUGGGGAACUAGUCCAAAGCAGUGGACGCUGUUUGACUCCUAUCAUGUUCAAUACUAAGGGGGUUUGAUAUGUUGUUUUCUUGUUUGUUUUUGCCCAGCACUGUGCAGAUGCUUUAUCAACAGAUAGUUCUGUUUGAUAACAUCUAGUACCAAGAGAAAAAGGGAGGGAGAGAGUCAACCAAAAAACAUUAAGGAGGUACCACCAUCAUGGGCCAAAUCAAGUAGCUGCUGAGGCAGCCAGAGCAUCUUUGAGACUUAGAAGAUUUCACCAGAGGACCCUGGGAGGGGGGGAAGAAACUUUGCGUUCUCAGCUUUUUCCAGAUAAGGCCUUAGUUUGAUUAGUAGUCACUAAUAUCAACUAUGCAGAUAAGUAUUUACAUGUUUCAGUGUUACAUGCAUUCCUUCCCCCAGCUACCCCUCUUAACAUGUUGACAUUUUACCCAAAGAAAACGGAGUAUUUUUCUGAAUGUCUGUACUGCAGAAGUCUUUUUUGCAAACGUGAAGAAAGAAGCUUGUAUUUAAAAAAAAAUAUUUCCACUGGUGCAAAACCUAUUGUCAAGUGUCACAAAGUUGCUUUUAGAGGGAAGUUUAAAUCACCUCUUGUGACAGGUGUUGGUGUGUGAGGUUUUUUAGUAUAUUCAUCUCUCAACAUUGGUUUAAGAAGCCACAGCAAUGUUCUUGGGUUUGUUUGGUUUUUUAAUGUACAGAUUGGAUAUGGGGAGAAACUAAUGAAACAUUCCAGAUUUCUUUGCAGUAUCAGAAGUGAAUGACAUUUUUCACUCAAAUGAAGUUGCUUCUAAACAAGGGCAAUUUUCAGCUACCUGGUAGCUGGAUCUCUAAAUAAACGCUAAGUUGCUAUCCCCAGGUUAUUUCUCACUGAUCUUUUAGUCUUUUGUGUGUAACUACAAAUAACAAUUUAGCUCAGAGGUGAGAACUGUAGUGUGUGUUUUAUUGCUGGUGAUUCCAUCAUGUAGCAAGUAGUACCAUGUUCUUGCAUAGUUCUCAAGAUCCAUACUGGAAAUAGAGGGAGAAAUUUUAUUUUUGACUACUGUAAAAAAAAAAUUUACAAAAUUAACUACUACUUUUUAACCCCCAAGUCUACUGAGCAGUGUUAUAUUUUAGCAGUUAAGCUAGUACCCUUGUUAUGUGGUUUGUCUCUUGUAGUCUUCUUUUACUGAGGGUUAGAAGCAUUUCAUGAAUAAUCCUUGAAAUGUUGACAUUCUCUAGCUUAAGGUCAGAUGUUUAUAAUAAAAGGAUAUCCGUGAUGUUAAACUCAUACAAAAGCAGAGUAUUUCAGAAUAUUUAAUCAGAAAAAAGGUGUGGGUGCAGGUCCCUUUAGUUCUGCUUGAUCAAGUGUCUUGGUCAAGGGCAGAGCAUCCAAGUACCUGCCCGCACACCUAAUGGGAGUGGACACCAUCCCUUGACACAGGCUUGGCUUCAGUAUCCUUUGUCUGGUGUCACUUUUAGUAUACAUAUGUUUUAGCAAUUUUGCAUACAGCUAGCUUAAAACUUACCUGACUUGUGAUCCCCAAGACAAUGAAAGGCUGUGAAGCAGAUGGACAGAGUGUAUAUCCUGCCUUUCUCUAGGUAGCUUAGAAUCAACAGCUGACUGAGGGUUUUGUUACAAACUAAUGUUGACUCACAUCUAGAAUUCUUUGCAUUCUUCAAACAAAGGAAUGUACAGUGACAGACCUAUUUGAGCUGGUGAUUCCUGGGAUACUUCGCUCAAUCCAGCAUGAAUUUGUACAAGGUCACCUUCCUCCUCUUAAUACUCAUAGGGCUUAGUGAUGGAGAGAGGAUUUUCAACAGGCGUGUGCUUACCUGAUGAGCUCUCCAGAAAACUCCCAGGUGAAACGUGCUCCCCUCUUGUGACAACAAGCCUGAACAACCAAAUGCAGCUACAAUUCUGUGGUUAGUACCACUUUCAUUUGGAUUUUUAGGGAUGUAUGUUACAAUAACUUCAAGGGAUACUGUAUUCUAAAUGUGAUUUCUUUCCUCUCUCCUUAUAAAACUGGACCUGAAUGCAAGUUUUGAGUUGUUGGGUUUUGGGUUUUGCGCUUUGUUUGGUUUUUUUUGGUUUGUUUUUUUUUUUUUUUUUUUUUGGUAAUAAUCUCAGGACCUGAAAGAUUGUAGCAUUUAGUGUGUCUUAAAAAUGAUGUACUGUACCAGCCAUGGAUUUUGUAAAUACACUUGUCUCCCUUUUUUGUAUUUUGAUUUUUUAAAAGUGUGUAAGGCUCUUUGCCCGAGGAACUGGUGCCUGCUUGAUUUCCAUCCUGAACCAAAGCAGGAAAAGGAAGAAGCUGCUGCCACAAAAGCCUGCAUCAGUUCCAAAUGUGUAUAUUGUUCUGGUCAGUUUAAUGGUCAGUCUUUUGUUAGUUGGGAAGCUGGUUUGUUCCCCUGCACAUUCCCAGUUGCGGCUCACAGAGCCCUAUCAGGGAGGCUAAUUUUAACUCUUCUGUAUGACUACUUGAUGUUUUCACUCCUUCCAGAUACUCAGGUUUGCUAUCCCUGAGCUGUUUUCAGAGGUUGGUACUACUGGCCCUCUGCAAGAAUACGUGGAGAGCAUUUCUAAUUUUAUCAGUGCUUUGGCCCAAACACAGUAGUAGGGUUUGUAUCCUGCUAACCUUGCAGAUGAUGCCGCCUCCACCUCUCCCAAGAGGGACUUGCCUUUUUAUUUUACUGUUUUCCUGAAAGGAGUGCAAAGAUUUUUUGGCAGCAGACUUUGCUCUGGGAUCCAACCUCACCGGCAGACCCCUGUUCUGCAGGAGGAGCCUUACUCAAUUCGGCGUAGCUGUUCCCUGUCUCUAACUGCGACAGGCUUUUUUCAUGAGUGUAUUUUUUUUGUGUCAUGUGUCUGUGCUGUAUUAAAUAAAGAGGAAUGUACAUAUUAACCCUGUCUCUGUGGCUUCUCACAAAAAUAAAGAUGUAAAAAAGUUUUGAUUGGGG